AUCGAGUCAUUAAUAAAAAAAAAGUAAUAAAAAGAUUUGGAGGGCUGGGCUUGUCCACCGGGUCUCCAGGCCUUAACUUUCACUGGUGAUUUAGAGUGAUGAACCUAUGAAGCAUGUUCUUGGAUGGUGGGAGGAAGCCAGAGUCCCUGGAGAAAUCCCACGCAUGCACUGGAAGAACAUGCAAACUCAACACAGAAAGGUCCACGGUUGAUAGUUCUAUUACGAUCCUCCAUCCGGGAUUUGAACCAGGGUCUUCUUAAAUGUGAGGCAAGCGCGCUAACCACCCUACUGUCCACAAAAUUUCUUCAUUCUUUAUUUAUGUAGGCCUAUUUAUUUAUUUUGUUUGUUUAUUUGCAUUUUAUUUUCAUUUCUGGAUACUACUCAAAUUUUAAGAAACAUUUCUUUUUAUGUUGGUUUCUAUUUUUAUGGGUUGUUGUUUCUGGAAUUUCGUUUUGGUUUCAAAAAUGUAAUGCUGUUUAUUAUUUUUUUUUAUUGCCGUUGUGCUCUUGGUUUUUGCAAUGAAUGAUUUGUUGGUGGGAUUUUUACUUAAAAUGCCACCGUAGAUCUGGCUGUCGAACACGAUUUAUUUUUUCGGGGUUUUUUUUCAAAAUCAUGAUUUACUUUUUCUUCAUUAUUUUAUAUUAUUAUUUAUUUUCUCAAAUCUGAACGAUACGCUACAUAAGAAAAAAAGAAAAAAUUAAAAGUCUUUCACGGGCACCGACAGGACGCGUAUGUGACGUCACUUCCUGCCAAAAGCGGAUGUGUUUGGCUGCUGACCUGAAACAAUGAGCUUUGCUAACAAUUUUUUUCACAGAAAAGGAUUACGCAGAUGAAUUCAAGUUACUCGUGGUCUAAAGUCCAGUGAGGUGGGGGUAUGGAGGUUCCUUGUUAUUUACCCAAGCUGCUCUUUGAGCUGAACGAGCAGAGGAAGCGGGGCUUUUUCUGUGACUGCAGCAUUCUAGUGGAGGGUCAAGUGUUCAAAGCACACCGGAAUGUCUUGUUUGCUGGAAGUGGUUAUUUCCGGGCUCUUCUGGUUCACUAUCUUCAGGACAGUGGACAGCGCUACAGCACAGCAUCACUGGACAUCGUCACAGCCGACGCCUUCUCCAUCAUCCUGGACUUUCUGUAUUCUGGACGUCUGGCCCUGAACAGGAGUAACGUUAUUGAGGUGAUGUCUGCUGCCAGCUACUUGCAGAUGACUGACCUGGUCAGCCUAUGCAAAGAUUACAUUCACUCAUCGUUGGAGAUCUGCAGCAAGGACAAAGAGAUGACUACAGCGAAGGAGAAGCAGGUGCAGGAGGGAGCCAUGGGCCCGGCGGACAGCGGCACCCCUGCUUUGGCUGUCCCCAGUGAUGCGGGGGGUGCAGAGACCCUGUCCCAGACAGCAGAGGGAGACAAAGGGUCAGGUUUGGCUUCAGAGUCCUUGACCUCCACAAGGACCCCUUUAACCAUAGCAGUCACCACCCCUCCAGCGUCCAGCAGAGAUGUGGAUAGUGCCUACUCUUCUAGAGAGGGGUUCGCCUCUGGGAGCGAGGAACAAAAGAGACACUUAGAUCAACGGAAUCUUUCAUCCUCCUCAUCCUCAGCUUUGACUCCUGAGUUGGUGAACCCAAAGAUCGAAUACGAUCCUGAUGAAGGGCUUAUGGAGUCUCCCGACAACAAAGAGCUUACACCGUAUCAAGGACCUUCCCUUCACAAUACCCAUCAUGGCAGGUUGCUGCCCCCAAGCCCCUCCCACUCUAACGAGCGCUCUCUUUCCUGGUACAGCUCUUCCUUUAAUGCCAGACAGCUGAUGGAAAUGCUGAGCAGAUCUGAGGGUCCCGCUGCGCUGGGGGACAGAGUGACGCAGCGUUUUAAUCAAGCGCUCGGGAGCGGAGCAGCAGGAAGCAAAAUAGAAGAAACUCUGGGGUUUGUGGGUUCAUCUAUUAUGGAGAUACAGACAGACUGGCUUGGAGAAGACACAGGUGAUGGGUUAGUAGUGCCCGUGAAACUCCACAAGUGCCCGUUCUGCCCAUACACCGCCAAGCAGAAAGGGAUCAUGAAGAGACACAUACGCUGCCACACUGGAGAGAGGCCGUUCCCCUGCCCCAUGUGUGGCAAGAGGUUCACCCGCCAGGAGCACCUUCGCACUCACGCUCUUACUGUCCACAGACAUUACUGGCCAGUGACGUGUAAGAGCUGCAGACGGACCUUCACUGGAUCGGGAGUUUCACCAGGACUCAGGCGCUUCGGGAUCUGCGAAAGCUGCAACUGUGUGACUACAACUCACGAGGACUCUGCUCCAGUUCACCCCUCCAGCCAGCAAGAGAACAUGGAGCGCGCUGACAGUGGCACAGACUGGUCCAGUUUUAUGGAUGAUGUCGAUGAGGUGGAGGUUGGCAGGGUGGAGGACCUGGUGGAGAAGCAGAUGCUGGAUCGACAGUUGGCUGCCUGCUCAAAUUUUCUGCAGAGCAGCAGGAGUUCAGCAGAAAUUCACCUCUGGAGUUGUGGGUGAGACUGUUGGUGUGGAAGUAACCCUCCGCUGACAUCCCAUCAUGUCAGAAGUCUGACUGACUGCUGGCUAUGAGAACCAAGCUCCUGCUCUGGUCACACAGAGAGCGACCGGAAAGGCCCUCAGUAAGACUCCCACAAACCUCCACUGUUCCAUGACCAGGACGGAAACCGCACUGCUGUUCCUGGAUCUGAGGUCUUCCACCUCCUUUCACACGGAGGCUGAGGAGUGUGAUUCCCCGGUAGUUGGAACACACUCUCUGGUCUCUUUUCUGAAAAGGGAAACCACCACCUCAGUCUGCUAGUCCAGUGGUACGGUUCCCGUCUGCCAAGACCGAGUUUUUGCCUCCAAAACAGCCCAGGCUGCAGCUCGCUCAGACUGCCGGUACCUGUCAACUGCUUCUGGAGUCCCACGAGCCAACUGAUAGUACUCUUUCUUCAGCUUAACUGCAUCCCUUACCUCUGAUGCCUACCACCGGGUUUGGCAAGUACCACUGCUACAGGUACCAGAGACCUUGCAACGGCAGGUCCGGAAAGCGGCAGAGACAAUAGAACUGUAGAACACGGUCUGCUCGGACUCGAAGUCCCCUGCAUCCCUCAUUACCUGUUUGAAGUUCUCCCGGAUGUGGGAGUGGGAGACCUCCCUGACGGCGGGCUCAGCCAGACGUUCCCAGCAGACCCGGCCAUCUCCCCUCCCCAUCUCAGCACCAUUAGUGGUCACCUCUGCCUCUCUCUUUACCGGAGUGUUCAAAACACACGGCAGAAGGUCGCCUGAAACGACUACAAAUGUUAAUCAGCUAUCUCCUGCCUAGGGUGUCCUGAUGCCAGGUAGAGCUGGUCGAUAUAUUGACAUUAUCAAUUAAUUUAAAUUUGUUUUAAUUUUGAUUUACUUAUUGAAAAAAGAGAUUUUAUUUUCCCAGCUGUCUGCGCUCUUGGGCUUCCGUAGUUCAAUGUAAAAUACGCCUGUAUGUAUCUUGCAAAGAGCUGACAUAAAAGCUGCUGCUAGCAGAGGAGAUUCUUCAGAAGGCAGAGAGGGAGAAAAAGCUUCUUUACCAAAAAAAAGGAAAAAAAGGCUCAUGCCGCGAGACGCCCCCCACACACUGACGCCAGCAUGCUACUAUACUGGUUGCUAAUGCUAACAAGCUGUUCCUGUGUUUUCUGUAUGUAAACACGAUGGACUGGUUCAAAGUCGGGCAAUUUUUUAAGAAGAGGCGGAUAAAUACAAUGGCAUUAUUUCAUAGUACAUUUAUAAAACUUUUUUUUAUAAAUAUGAAAAUACCAAACAUGAAUCCAUAUUAGUUGUCUUUGUAACAUUACAGAGCCAGUGUAAAAAAUAAAACUCACGUAUAUUGCUUGGUAAAA